AUGAGAGAGUCCAUAAUAGAUGAUAAUAUAAAGGACUUACAGUGGCGUGUUUUGGUUAGAAUCGGUAUAGCCGUUUUUAAGGAGUUUGGCGCAAUGGCAAGGUCGUGUUUAGUUAAUGGAGUAUUUUGGUUUCGCGCGAGGAGUACGAAGCGAGUGCCACCGAUAAGGGAUCCUCUGCUACUCCGGAGUGCGACAGAUUUGGCUGCUGCUAUACGGAACAGAGAGCUUACAAGCGAAAUUGUAACAUGCGCUCACAUCAACCGAAUCCAAGAAGUGAAUCCUCUUCUGAAUGCUGUCGUUGAGGACAGAUGCAAAGCUGCCCUCGAGGAAGCGAGAGAGUGGGAUAGGAAGAUUUCUGCGGCAGACAAGGACGGGAAUGGUGAAGAUCUUUUCAGGGGAAGGCCGCUUUUAGGUGUUCCGUUUACAGUCAAGGAGAGUUGUUCUUUGGAAGGUUUAUCAAACGCUGUGGGAUGCUUGGAAUUCGUCGGAAGACGGUGCACCAAAGACGGAGAGGCCGUUCGCCUCGUGAAAGAAGCCGGAGCGAUACCCCUCCUCGUCUCGAACACGCCAGAACUCUGCUUGGGAUGGGAAAGCACGAAUCUGUUGAAUGGAACCACGAAUAACCCGUACUGCUUGAAUCGGACGCCCGGUGGUUCUUCCGGUGGCGAGGCAGCACUGUUAGCUUGUGGGGCAACGCCAAUCAGCGUAUCUUCGGACAUCGCAGGUUCGAUUCGUAUCCCGGCUGCCUUUUGCGGAGUGUUUGGGCACAAACCUAGUCCAGGAAUAAUUCCAAUAGAAGGUCACAUACCCACAUUGACCGACGAGAACUACAGCAAGUUCCUGGUGGUGGGGCCCAUGAGCAAACAUGCCGAGGACCUACCGCUACUCAUGAGCAUCAUGGGCGGGGAAAACUGCCGAAAGCUGCGACUAGACCAACCCGUCGAUAUAAGCAAACUUCGGGUGUUUUACGCAACGGAAGCAACACAUUCCUGCGCUCUUAUCGACGUGGAGCCAUGUCUUAAGGAGACGGUCAGAAGCGCGGCUGAGUACCUCCAGCAGUGCGGGGCUGAGUUAUGUUACGACAAUUUUGAAGAUCUCGAAGAUUCGGUUGAGAUGUCGGUAUCAGUUUUCUUUUCCAUGAAAGAUAUCCCCAACAUGCUGCAAGACCCGGCUAAUCCUAAGCAAGACAAAAACCUGGUGACAGAGCUAGUCAAGUAUAUGUUCGGUGGCGGAAGCAGGUCACUUCAAGGUCUUGGAUUCUCGUUGAUACACAAGACGAAUCUGUUUAUACCUGAAAACAGGACACAAUACUAUUAUGAAAAGACCCAACGACUAAAACAGCAUUUACAGGAUCUGCUAGGUGACGAUGGAGUGCUCCUAUACCCGGUCCACAGUUCUCGUGCGCACAGGCACGGCGAAGUGUACGUCAGGACGUCGGGCGUCACGUACACUAUGCUGUACAACGUGUUGGGGCUGCCCGCCACCGCAGUGCCCUGCGGCCUUUGUGGUGGUCUGCCCCUUUCUAUGCAGGUCAUAGCGGCUCCAAACCAGGAUAGACUCUGCUUAGCUGUUGCCAAAGAAUUGGAGAAGGGUUUCGUGCCCGAAUUAAACACAAAAGGUUUCACAAUGGCCGAUCAAGUAGAUUCAAUGUCAGACGCGGAGCUUCGGACAAAACUGGCCGAACACGGGUUCCCCGUGAUGCCGAUUACGGCAUCGACGAGAAAACUGCUCGUGAAAAAGCUCAAAAUGGUGCUAGACAAUAAAACAUCGCGAAACAGUGUUGACAGUAAAGUUAAGAAUAGGCGCUCGCUGGCGCGCUAUUCUAGUGACGAGGAAGCCGACACUGAUACGACCAGUGUUCAGGAGAAACGUGGUCGCCGGGCGACCACGGGCGGCGCUAUGUUGCCCCCGGCCACUAGUAAGACGCGCAGGACGCCUGUCAAAAAGACAUCGCCAAAACGAGACUCGGAUGGAUCAGAGUCUGAGGAAGAAAAAUCGCCCGUUCGAACUCACGAAGAAGUAGAAACAGUUACCACUCGUCGGGUCACGCGGACCUAUGCCAAUGAUGUUGACGACUUUGAGACAGGCUCAGACAGUGAUGUCGAUGCUGAGAAGAAGACUUCGAGUCCCUUCCGCAGCAGCUCGAGAUCGAGCGACUAUAUUUCAAGCACACUUCCCACUCACGACACAUCUACUAGCCCACCAAAAACAUCAGUCUUCUCACGUCCUUCUCUAUCUACUAAUUAUUCUCCCGUCUCACCUUCAGAUCAUCUCAAUUUGAUAAGAUCUCGGCUCGGUUUGACAUCAACUUUAGGAGAUAGACCCUCUAGCAACUUCUCUUCAACCUUUUCAUCUAGUACAAGCAACUACCAACCCUCUACUGCUACAUAUCAACCGUCUUCAUAUAAACCUUUAGGAUCAUUUACACCAUCCACGAGUACUUAUCAAUCAAAUUUGUCUUCAGUUGAUGAAGUAGAAUCUCCAUACUUGAGUAACUUUACAAGAAGGUUGUCUGCUCUCAAAGCUGAACCGCCUAAACCUACCUCAUUCAUAGACCGGGAUGCCACAAAUGGAAGCACAAUGCUUCCUCGUCGAUCUUACAUCAGUGGAGUGUCAAGGGCUGAUGUUGCAGACUACAAAACUGCAAAUGAUAAGAAUUUCUUAAAAAAUAAUUUAGUUUCUCUUGCCCUUGUUGUAGUGGAUGACCAAAACAGUGUGUUCCCAAUAUGUCAACUGAAUAUACCUGGCAAUAGGCCGGGCAUUAACUGUGUCCCUAAAGAACAAGUUAGUUAUGCGAAGAAUUUAUUGAAAGUAAUACAUCCAGAGUUAACCUCAAGAGCUGCAGCAUAUAAGUGUGGUAAACCUGGUAUUAUGCCAUAUAUGACUGAAAGAGAAAUACUUGACAUUGCUAGGGUGAGAGCUGACGCUAUUGAUGACAGUCAAUGCAGGAUUGACCUAAAUAACCUGCAAGUCUUACUCGUACACAACCCUCGGUGGGGAAUAAAUGUUGUCCAGCUUAAAGCGUUGUAUACAAAAGAUGUAGAAUAUUUUCCACUCAUGUCGACUGAUGUUGUAGUACAACAACGCAAUAAGGGUUUCCUUGCGUUAGCUUUGUCUGACCCAUCCACUCCUGUGUCUUGUUUAUUUGUCAACACAUUAUAUUCGGCCGGUUCGACUUUUAUUAUUAUAGGAGUAAUCGCUGUUUCUAUGUUGGGGGCCCAAAAAUGUUACAAAAUGUAUGUGAAUUAUCAGAAGAAAAAGAGUGAAGAAAUCUACUCUAUGGUGGAACAAAUUAUAGACGUAAUAUCACAGGAGACCGAAAACAGUGGAGAACCAUACAUAUCAGUGGAUCACGUCAGAGAUACGUUAAUAUCACCUCAGAAUAGGGAGAAAAUGUCAUCAGUGUGGGAUGCCGCCAUUAAGUUUAUCCAGAAAAACGAAAGUAGGGUGCGAAUGGAAGUCCAAUCUGUCGACGGGGAAGAUUGCAGAGUGUGGAGGUGGAUAGCGUCGCACAACAGCCCGAAGCGUAGUGCAGCAUGGCAGGGACAGGCUUUCGAAACCCAGGAGGGCUCCGUCAACAAUCUCACCGUUUCCCCUUCCCCGUGUUUGAAGAUCCGCAGCAUGUUCGAGAAGAACGACACGAAUCCGAACCUCGCAACGGUCAUUCAGGACGUGAUUUUGGAGAAGUGCGACAAUUGCAAUAUACUGCACAUCGACAUAGAGAGGGCUUCGUGCUGCGUGUACGUGAAGUGCGCGACUCCCACAGAUGCGGGUGUAGUGUACAAGAGCCUGCACGGCUGGUGGUACGAAGGCCGGUUGAUUACCGUGAAGUAUCUGCGCCUCGAGAGGUACAUGCAACGUUUCCCCAACUCCCCGUCGUCCGGGCCCUAUUUGACACCUUCGCGCCAACGCAAAUGGGACGAAUAA